UUCUCCCCAGCACACUCAUUUGCACAGGGCAGGAUCCCCAGACCUCCACAAUGUCAGCCCCUGCCUCCGGGCCCCAUCCUCCUUCUUACCUGCUGCUGCCUCUGCUGUUGGGACUCACAGGUGUGGCAGGUGAGACAGAACUGCAGGUGAUCCAGCCCGAGAAGUCGGUGUCUGUGGCGGCCGGACAGACGGCCACUCUUCACUGCACCCUGACCUCCCUGCAGCCCUCUGGGAAGGUCGAGUGGUUCAGGGGCACAGGGCCAGGCCGGGAGUUAAUCUUCAGUUUCAGAGGAGACCCUCACUCCCCUCGAGUAACAAAUGUUUCAGACGCCGCAAGGAGAAACAACAUGGACUUUUCCAUCCGCAUCAGUAACAUCACCCCAGAAGACACGGGAACCUACUACUGUGUGAAGUUCCAGAAGGGGAACCCCGAUGUGGAGUUUAAGUCUGGACCAGGCACCCAGGUCACCGUGAGCGCCAAACCCUCUCCCCCCGUGGUGUCGGGCCCCACAGCCAGGGCCACACCUGAGCAGACUGUGAGCUUCACCUGCGAGUCCCACGGCUUCUCCCCCAGAAACGUCACCCUGAAAUGGUUCAAAAACGGGAAGGAGCUGGCAGCCUCCCAGACCACCGUGGACCCAGAGGGAGACAGCGCUUCCUACAGCAUCUUCAGCACAACCACGCUGCCGCUGGCCCCGGGGGACAUUCGCUCCCAGGUCACCUGCGAGGUGGCCCACGUGACCCUGCAGGGGGGCCCUCCUCUUCGUGGGACUGCCAACUUGUCCGAGACCCUCCGAGUUCCACCCACCUUGGAGGUUGCCCAGCAACCCGUGACAGGGGACCAGGUGAAGGUCAUUUGCCAAGUGAAGAAGUUCUACCCCCAGCGCCUACAGCUGACCUGGUUGGAGAACGGAAACGUGUCCCGAACAGAAACGGCCUCGACGGCCUCGAACCUCAUAGAGAACAAGGAUGGGACCUUUAACUGGACGAGCUGGCUCCUGGUGAAUUUAUCUACCCACACAGAGGACGUGGUGCUCACCUGCCAGGUGCAGCAUCAUGGGCAGCAGGCAGUCACCAAAAGGCAUAUACUCAAGACCUCUGGCUACACCAAGGACCAGUGCACAGAUGGAAACUCGGAUCGAGAACUGUCCACUCCACUCCUGGUGGCUCUCUCCUUGGGCCCCAAGCUGCUGCUGCUCAUCUCUGUCUCUGCCAUCUAUGUCCACAGGAAGCAACGGAUUGACUGGUGACCCAGGAGGAAAAUAGCACCGAGGACAUAGGAGACACGUGGAGAACAUUUCUGGAAUGAUGAGCAGAUAAUGAAAUGUGAACAUGGGUCCACGGCUCCUUCCUUCCUCCCCUCCUACAUGCCAUCCUCGGUCUCUGCUGCCUCCUUCCUUCCCUGAGGGGCCCAGCCUAAGACAAGGAACAACUAGAAGCUUCCACAACCCUGCCCCAGAUGCCUGCUUCCCCAGAGACCCACCUGCCCACAGUUCCUGCUGCUCCUCUCCCAGUCCUUGAUGCCCCCAGAGCUGGUCUUCAUACCUGGCCCUGAGCAGGGGCCAUGGGAACGUGCUCUGGAAACUGACAGACGGGUAUCUUCCUAGAAUGUGAGAAACAAGUCACAUGUAUGUGUACCAGGCUAUCUCUCAUCCAUUUCCUGCGGACCGUGGCCAUUAAGUACACACUCAAGGCCGUGCUCUCGUGGGCCAUUCCUGCCAACCCCCAGACUCGCCAGCCUCAGUGAGGUUCUCCAAUGCCUCCUGAAUGCAAAUGAAUCCCAUCCUGCGUGGAAGAAGAGAAAUGAUUCUCCUUCCCCUUUGCCUACAUGUGCUUCUACUCAAAGUAGAGAGAAGUUUCCUUCCUCUCCCUGUGACGGGGACACCAGCUCCCCGUUCAGCUUCAUCUUUCCUGAUCCCCCCACUCGUGUAUAGGUGCUGGCAGUCCAGAAACCUGGACCCUUCCCUUCUUUAUACCCCAUGUUCAAUUCUGCCUUCAUAAUGCUAUGUCCAGUGGUGACAUGGUAAAUGUUCAACAAUCCAUGCUCAGAAAGAAAAAGAAGCCUGAUUUGUAGUGCUUGUCCACUUCUGUGGCAUCUACACUCCCAACGUGGCCAAUUUCAAGCUGCCAACCGUGGAACAACUAGCUUGCAAAAUUCCUGGAAAGCUCUCAGGAGCGAGGGCAAGCCUCCUCCCGCCCACCAGGGAGCUCCACCCAGCACCUGCACACUGCUCGCUCCCGGGCUGCCCCCUGGUCCCGGCCACCAGCAUCCCUUCCUGGACCAUUGCCACGUGCCUAACAGACUCUCCGGGUUCCGCCACAGUGAUCCUAUGGAAAUGGAGGUCAAAUUGUCUCCCUUCCGUGCAAGGCUCAGUCUCUCCCCCUUUCAAGCUCUGCUGAUAUGUCCCUUUACGAGAAGCACCUUCCAAAAGCCACCCCAUGCAAAAUAUCAAUUCCACUCUCACUCUGUGUUUUCACAGCUCAUACCCAAACUGAGCUGUUUCCCUAGAACUUAAGAUCAGCUGACACGAUAAACAAGGCAGUGCUCGCUCUGCACGGUGAUGCAGGACCCAAGCAAUGACGGCGCAGCUGAAACCACGCGAAGGGAUCUCAAUAAUCACUGGGAAGCAUAACAAUUUUCUGUGUCCUUGAAAAACUUUUUUCAACACAUCGGAAGCCCACCAACUGUCAGUUAGGAAUGUAUCGGGACAUAAAAAAACAGUGAAACUAUUAUUCACCUGGUAUACGGGCUUUUGAAAUAUUAGAAACGUUGAAAAGGGAAGAGUUUUAUUUGUUUGCAAAGACUUAUCAAGAGUAGUUUGCAGAGGGCUUGCCUUCCUCUGACGGCACAGUUUCCCAUAUAGAACAAGCGUCUGGAUUAUCUCCCUCCUUUCUCACUUGGGAUCAGCUUCCAACACUCCACCCUUGGCCCUUCCGAUGCUGUGAAAUCUUUACAACAUUAAUAUGAAUAUUUGCUGGCAUCACUUCGUCCGGGACAUUGUCACCCUACCUUCCUCCCCCACUUUCGUCAGCGACGUGGUAAGUUUAUCCUCACUCUCCUCCUCUGGCUGCAUAUCUGGAUGCUUGGGAACAGUAUCCCGGGCCGCAUUCCCAUGAAGGUCUCUGUGCCUUCAUGAACCCCACUCCCAUUGAGUUUGAACUUCCCCUCCAACCCUCUCAUUUCUCCAUUGCACUGUCUGCCUUGGGCCCAUUCCCUUUUUGCCAUCACUCACUUUUGCACGAUGUCACCCAGGUUCAUCGCCGGGAGACCAGGAGACAACACGACCACCUGCUCUGCUGCUGUGGUAAACCGAGUGACAGAGUCACAGUGAUCAACCCCUGUGGGCUUUGAAAGACGUGAUGCUGACUUAUCGUAAUGUGCAUCUGUUAGUUACGUAGGGACCUGUGGCUAAAGAAGACCCGGCGGGAACGUUUAUACUUCAUGCAAUUGUUCGUGGUAAAUUCCCUGGGGUAAAUAAAACUGGAAGCGUGUGUCAAAGGACUGGCUGACAUUUGUGCACAUCGACACCAUACGAAGCGAGAACUGCCUCCGUGUGUUCGUCUCUUCCGCAAGGAGGACGUUGACUCUGACAGACAAGGGCCUCUGUGUCCUCAGUUCCCAGAACAACGACCGCCACAUCUUAAACCAUCACAUUACAAAAUAAAUAAACUAGCAACUGCUUCACGGAGGACCUCACUUUCUACUAGAUGUCAGAUUUUAAAAUGAAAUUGUUCUUUAUUUAAUCAGCUGGUGCACGUAUCCAAAACCAUUCUGUUAAACGCUGCUCUGUCUUCUUUGUGUUUUAAUAUUAUAUCAUAACAUCCUCCAGGAGGCAAGCGAGCGGAUUUUCAGGAAACAAAACAGUAAAGCACAGGAACCACCCGGAAGAGCCCCCAGGGGCCAAAGCUGCAAGAGUCUGAGCGAAAAAUAAGUAAAGUGGUGCCUGGUUCCGGUGUGGCCUGAAUGUUGGUGUCCCCAGAAAAUUCGCGUGUUAGAAUCCCUCUGGUCCACGUGAUGGUGUUAGAAGGUGGGGGGGGCCUCUUGGAAGUGAGUAGGUCAUGAGUGUUCCACCCUCAUGAAUGGGAUCAGUCUUAUAAAAGAGACGCCCGCCCCCCCCCCCCGCCCUGCCCCAGAGCUCCCGAGACCCUUCUUCCCUGUGAGGCCACAAUGAGAAAUUCUAUAGCGGUCCCUCUCCCAACCAUGCUGGCCCCCUGAUCUCAGACUCCAGCCUCCACAAGUGCGAGCGAGAUGUUUCUUUUGUUCAGCCACCCAGGCUGGGAUAUUUUGCUAUAGCUGCCUCAAUAGACUACGACUGAUAAGGCCAAUGUAAAAUAAAUAUCAAUGAGUCCAUAUUGCUAUAAACAAAUAACUGAACACAUUAAUAAAUGGAGGGAAAGAAAACAUGUCCUGGGCAGAAAAGUCCCAGAUAAUUUACGAAGAUACUUCACUCUAGGGUGAGAAAGACUAACUCCCCAUUCCUGAAGUGUGGGCUGCUUGUGGUGACUCCCUUCCAAAGAGGACAGAAUGGAAGGAGGAAAAAGGAGUAACUACAGUGGAGACAGUUGACAGAGUUCAGUCAGGUGAUCACGAUCUCCCCAACAGUCAUACACCAUUGGUGACACUGUGCACCCUGGAUGUAAUGUGAUGAAAAUGGCAUUUUUCCUCUGUGACCUUCCUCCCCAAAUCUAUCACCCCUGGCUGAUUAUGAGAAAAGUAUCGGACAAAUGGCAAAGAGGGACAUUCCACAACAUACCCGAGCGGCGCUCCUAAAAACUGUCAGACCAUCAUGAACAAGCAAAGUCUAAGAGGCUGUCCCAGCUAAGAGGAGCCUAAAAAGACAUGACAAGACAGUGUAAUGUGGGAUGCUGCAUGGAUACAUGGUUAAAAACUAAGGAAAUCUCCUCUGGACUGAAUGUCUGUGUGUCUCCAAAGUUCACGUGUUGACAUUUAAUCCCCAGUGUGAUUGGAUACAGAGGUGGGUCUUUGAAAAGUUAAUUAGGUCCUGAGUGUAGAGUCCUCAUGAAUGAGAUCAGUGCCCUUAUGAAAAAUACCAGAUGGACAGCUCCCUGGGUGCACCCUGUGAGAAUACAAGUAGUGGGCACUCUACAAAUGGAAAGAGUGUUCUACAAAUGGAAAGAGUGUUCUAAUCACAGCAUAAUAUCCUAGCACCCUGAUCUCAACUUCCAGCCUCCAGAAUUGUGAGAAAUAAUUUCCUGUUAUUCAAGGCAUCCAGUUUGUGGCGUUUUCUUAUAGCGGCCCAAGCUAAGGCAAAAUCUAAAUAAACUAUGGACUUUCUUUAAUAACAACGUACCAAUAUUGGUUCAUUAAUUUUAACGGAUCCACCACACUACUGUGAGAAGUGAAUAAGGGGGAAACGGUGGGCAGCUGUGCCUGGAAACGCUGUAUGAUUGUCACAAGUUUCUCCAAAUUUCAAAACUGAAGUCCAUUAAAAAAAAAAA